GUUUUGAUUAUUUUGUUUUGUUUAAUACAUUUCGGGACAAGCAAGUUAGUGGUAUAAUAAUAAGUACAUUUAUCAAAAGAAGAUUUUUAGAAAUGGAAGAAUUCGAAGCAAAACGAAAUGCUUUAUUUGCAUGUCUUGAUAAUGCUAGUAAAGAAUUAUCAGGAACAGCUUUGGACCAGAGUAUGUCUGCAAGUCCCACACUUGAUCUGGUGUAUCGCCGCGGUACACCCUCAAAGAAGAACAGGAGCAUAGUUUCACCUGAUAAGAGUUUAUCGCGUAUGCGUGGAAAAGAAAGUAUAUUUAAGAAACCCGAGAUGCCGCUAUCAAAGUGUUUGAAACCUCGAAGGGUACCAGAUUAUAAGGUUAAUCCACAAAAAUGGACAAAGUAUUCACUAGCAGAUGUGGAUAUUUCGGAUCAUACAAACACAGCCGCAGCAUUCCAAUUCUUAAAAGCGAUGGACGAACAACUUGACGAAUGUGAAGGAAGAGAUGUCUCCUCUCGCGAAUCGAAUAACAAAAUUGAAUUCAAGAAAUUUAGUAAAAUUAAAAAACAGAUAAAAGAUAAGGAAGGAGAAGAGCUUAAAGAUGCUGAGGUAGACAAACCGAGACUAAAGGGAUCAAAAGUUGUCAUGCCGGAAUAUAUUGUUGGUCAGCAAAGAGAUGCAAAGAAGAAAAAACACCUAAAAUCGGUAGAUAAUCAAAGUCGAGCUGCGGGGACUUUAAAGUUGGACCAUCUGCAGGAAGAUGACGAAGAUACAGAAGAAGGAUAAACGUUGACCUAAAUUAAUUUAACCCAAUUCAUGUUAUUGAGUUAUCACCAUAGUUUAUACUAUAUGAAAAAUAGUAAAAUGUUUGAAACUCUGCAACACAUCUUCAUUGUAAAAUUAUAAGACAUUAGUUUUAAAAUGGUCUAAUAUUUUUAAUAAUCUAAUAAAAUAGAAAAUGUUUAAAUUAUGUA